CUCUGAUCAGUGGCCCCAGAAAAAAGCGCGUCUUUAAAACCACACACCGUUUACGGAACCUUCAACUUCAAUUCCCAAACACUAAAUUUUUCGAUUUUCGCGGCUACCAAACACAUUCUAUUUUCUCGCUACCAAAUCGAUUUUCCGCUUAUUCAAAACUAAAUUUUCUCUCUGGAUUUUAUUUGGAAUUUUGGUGCUUUCUUUUCCCGAUUUGAGGUCCAUCCACCUGCCAGAUCUUAGAUUGUCGAUAAUAUUUAGAUUUUUCGUUUUUUGAUAUGGAGGUGUCGGUGAUCGGAAGCUCUCAGGCCGCUAUUUGCAAAAGCGAAUUAGUGAAUAAAGAGUUGAGGUUCUGUUUUCCUCGAAGAAACUCUACUAAUGUGUCUUUCUUUGAUUCAAGAACGAGGUGGAGAAGAAACUCUGGCCUUCACUUUACCUUAAAUGCGAUCCAAACAGAACCCGUCCUCUCCGAUGAUCUCUCGACUCGGGGUUGUGCUUCCAGGUCCAAAUCGCUCGAUGAUGUAAGAUUAUAUGUUGGACUGCCCUUGGAUGCAGUUUCUGACUGCAAUUCGAUCAACCAUGCUAGAGCAAUCUCUGUAGGACUUAAAGCUUUGAAAUUAUUAGGAGUUGAAGGUGUGGAGAUGGCUGUGUGGUGGGGAAUAGCUGAGAAGGAAGCAAUGGGCAAAUACGAGUGGGAAGGCUACCUUAAUCUUGCAAAGAUGGUUCAGAGUGCUGGUCUCAAACUUCAUGUGUCUUUCUGCUUCCACGCUAAUGAACAACCUAAAAUCCCACUCCCUGAGUGGGUAUCCCGUAUUGGUGAAUCAGAACCUGGUAUUUUCUUUGCCGAUAGAUCAGGGCAUCAUUUAAGAGAGUGCUUGUCAUUGGCUGUUGAUGAUCUUCCUGUCCUUAAUGGUAAGACAGCAGUCCAAGUUUACCAGGAAUUUUGCAAGAGCUUCAAGUCUUCAUUCUCGCAUUUAAUGGGUUCCACAAUCACUGGCAUCACGAUGGGACUUGGUCCAAAUGGAGAACUACGAUAUCCUUCUUAUCGUGGGGUGGUUAAAAGUGGCAAAAUCCAUGGAGUUGGGGAGUUCCAAUGUUAUGACAAAAAUAUGCUUAACCUUCUAAAGCAACAUGCUGAGGCAAUGGGAAAUCCUUUAUGGGGACUUGGUGGUCCCCAUGAUGCCCCCAGUUAUAACCAGUUGCCAAACUUUAACAGCUUCUUCAAGGAUCAUGGAGGAUCAUGGGAGUCUCCUUAUGGCUACUUCUUCCUUUCCUGGUAUUCAAGUCAGCUUUUGUCUCAUGGAAAUCGCCUCCUUUCCCUUGCCUCCACUGAGUUUGGUGACACUACCGUGACAAUUUAUGGCAAAGUCCCACUCAUGCACCAUUGGUACAAAACCCGCACUCACCCGUCUGAGCUGACGGCUGGGUUUUAUAACACAGAAAACAGAGAUGGCUACGGGGCGGUUGCUGAGAUGUUUGCAAGGAAUUCAUGUAAAAUGAUUUUACCUGGAAUGGACCUGUCAGAUAAGCAUCAGCCUCAGGGGUCACUGUCAAGCCCAGAGCUGUUACUUGCACAAAUUAGAACAGCUUGCAGAAAGUAUGGGGUUGACGUUUCUGGGCAGAACUCAUUGGUCUCUAAAUCUCCCCAUCAUUUUGAGCAGAUGAAGAAAAAUGUGUCGGGUGAAAAUGUGGUAGACUUGUUCACUUAUCAGAGAAUGGGAGCUGAAUUUUUCUCACCUGAGCAUUUUCCUGCUUUCACCGAGUUUGUUAGAAGCUUUAAUCAACCAGAAAAGCAUGCAGAUGAUCUUCCUGAGGAAGAGGAAGAAGUUGCGGAAUCUCUACAGACAAGUACAGAAUCAAGCAUUCAAAUGCAAGCAUCUUAGUAUGAAGUAGGCAUGUAUAUGUAUGUGUGAAAUAUUAUUUGUACUUCCCAUUGUAUUAGGCCAAGCAUACAAGAGAGUGGUAGUUGUAAAUUAAGAGAUUAUUUGCCUAUGACACUAUCAUUUGCCGACUGAAACUUGCCCCUUUCUAUCGUGCUCAUGGCUUAGAUUAAAUUAAGCUUCCUUGUUUUGGUGAAAGCCCGACUGUGGGACUUGUUGGACGUGUUUUAAAGGACUCGACCUUUUUCAACA